AUGAUUGCCGAUGUCGGUGCGAUCGCCGUUGAUGGUGAAGAUGAAGACGAUGCUGGCAAAUUCAGCAUCGCCAAUGACCGCCAAAGUGAAGACGGUGAUACCGUCACUGGUGAAGACAACGUUCUUUCAGCAGUGCACACGAAGCGCACUGCUGUUGACAAGGAUGAAUCAGCAGAUGAAUUUCUACUGACUCGCAAAGCGGUUGUCCGCUUCGUUCAAGACUCUUUUGCAGAUGCACUAGACAGACAGAAGAGAAACGCAGACAAUCAUUGA